AUGACCGCAGAACAUGUCGCUUUCUCCAAGACGCGUGCGCCCGAAUCGAAGCUUUAUCUUUCGCCGCCCUUUGUACAUGGCGCUCAGUCACCUGGCCGGCAUCAGCGAACUGACAUCACCUUGGAUUCUCAAACGUCAGCAAGCAUCCUCGCGGCCUGCAAAAAACUUGGUGCAACCGUCACCCACGCCGUGAACGCCGUGAUUCCUAUCGUUCUGCGAGAUCUUGUCCCUGAAGGCGCAAAGAAUGAGACCUUCUACUUUCGCUGGGACCUGUUGCGCAAUCUGAGGCCAUUCUGCGCCGCGCCCUACAAUUCGAACAAGCACCCCGUCACGGCCUACCAUUCGGGCUCGUGUUUCGCUUGCGACCUGGUGAUCCCUCCGAAGACAGACGAGAAGUCCUCCAAAGAUGAUUUCGAACACGUUCUACCGGAGAUCAGCGCCCUGUAUCGUCGGGUAGCUGACGACACUGAACAUGGCCUACUUGCGCCCACUGUUUGGACCGGCUGGCUGCAGACUCUCCCGAAGAUUAAGAAGAACCCUGCACCUGGACCACAACCGUCUUCAACGCCAGGCGUGACUCUAUUGAGUUUAGGCCGUAUAGACGGUAUCCUGCCGUCCAAAAUUGGUGCGUUUCGCGUGAGCAGGCCGUGGAUCACCGGAGAAGAGAUGCGCAACGGAUUUGGGCUCUUCCUUACAUCUCACCAAGGGCAGUUGAAUCUUGCGGCGGCGUACAAUGACGCUUGGCAGACUGAGGAGGCGGCACAGAAUUUCCUGAAGGCGUGUUUGCGAUCAUUGAGUACGGCGCUCAAUGUUGAGAUCUGA